AUUUCAACUAAGAAAAAGAAGUAAACAAACGAACAAACCAGGAAAAAUUUCACGCAUAUUUAUCUCAUAUCGAGGAAAGAUAAUUGAUAAGAGACCAUUUUGCUUCUAUAGUUUACCUUUCACAUGACAAAGACUUGUGAUCUAUUUUUUAUUAUUUUUAUUCAAGGAUGUUCCGCAGUGCUUUAAACAAAUUGAGCGGUUUUAAUGUUUUGAAAUCAGCACAGAAACGCAAUAUGUCACAACUGCAAGGAAAACUUUCAGGGAAAGUUGCUGUUGUUACUGCUUCAACUGAGGGUAUUGGUUUUGCCAUAGCCAAACGUCUUGCAAAUGAUGGGGCUUCUGUUGUCAUAAGUAGCCGAAAGAAAGAAAAAGUGGACAAAGCUGUUUCAGAAAUAAAAUCUAUUAGUGACAAAGUAGCUGGAGUUCCCUGCCAUGUAGGUAAACAGGAAGAUAGAAAAUUGUUGUUAGAUUUUGCUGUUGCAAAGUAUGGUGGAAUCGAUAUAUUGGUUAGCAAUGCUGCAGCGAAUCCUGUAAUGUGUCAGGUUUUGGAUACAGAUGAAGAGGCGUGGGACAAAAUCUUUGAUACAAAUGUAAAAGCAGCUUUUCUUUUGACACAAGCAGCUGUACCCUUGAUUGAAAAGCGAGGUGGAGGUUCUGUAAUAUAUGUAUCAUCUAUUGCAGCUUACAAAGCUAUGGAACUAUUAGGUGCAUAUUCAGUUAGCAAAACAGCUUUGCUUGGGUUGACCAAAGCAGUUGCUGCUCAAUGUUCUUCGAUGAAUAUUAGAGUGAACUGCUUAUGUCCUGGAAUAAUUGAUACAAAAUUUAGUUCAGCAAUCACAUCAUCUGAGGAAUCUUUGGAGAUGGUUAAGCAAACUGUUCCAAUGCGAAGAGUUGGUGAACCAGAUGAAUGCGCAGGAAUUGUGUCUUUCCUUUGUUCGGAUGAUGCAUCAUAUGUAACAGGAGAAAGUUUUGUCGUAGCUGGUGGUCUUUUUUCAAGAUUGUAGUUGUUUCAAUAAGGUUUCUUUGAAAAAUAAAUGUUAAAGCUUUACACAUAAUUAUGUCUUGGAAAUUGACAUGAUAUUUUGGAUAUAUAUUGUACAGUGAAUAUUAAGCACAAGAUGUUUCAUAAAAUUUGAUAGAUCAUAUAAAAUUUCUAUUUUGUCCAUGAA